AUGGUGGGAAUCUUUCUUCGUCUUUCACUGUGUAUGAGAUCCCACAUUGCCGAUGCCACCACUCUCGCCUCGGGAAAGAAUGAAAGUCAUCUAGUUCCAUUAAUAGUUGAGAGCAGAGAGACCAGAAUCAGGGGUGGCUAUAUGGAUUUACAGCAUCUUCAUCAUGCAGUUGAAUUCGAUGCCGAAUUCUGGCCAGUUGAACACCCAGUGGAACCACAGGAUGAAGAUCGUCCUGUGAAAUGCCCAAUGCCAACUUCUUCUGUUAUAAAGAAUGGAAGGUCGCGUGAGGAGAGCUUGGGGAAGAGAGCGGAUGAACUACCACUACCAGCAGUUAUGAACAAACAAGGCAUUGUUGUGGUGGCUGCAGAGCCCCAGGUCCGAGCAGUGCGUAAAAGGCACCAUACUCUGACCCGUGUGGACCACCGUGUAAUAGCACCUAAUUUAACAAGAAUGGCUUCUCUUCCUGCUUUACCAACUCAGAACGUCACCAUUUUUCAAAUGCUUCAAGAAUUUGACUAG